UUAUUUGUUAACCCCUCCACUAAACACAUUUUCCCUUCUCUUUUCAUUGGAUAUCUUCUUGUCAAGUCCAAAAGCCAAAAGUCACUACCCCAUAUUGCCUUUUCUUUGCUGUGCUUACUACUAUAAGCAAUUGUCUAUGUUUGCUGUGCUGCUCCCCCUUCUCACUACCUGCUAAUGGGAGGGAGGAAUUAUGCUUUCAAUUCCUUCUUCUUCUUCUUAUUUCACAUAGCCUUUUCUUCUUUCUUCUCUGUCCCUCCAUUUUCAAAAACAUGACUGUCUUGUUCUUUUUCUAUUCUUCAUCUUAUAGCUUUGUGGGUACCCCUUAAAAGGAAUAUCACAAUUUUCUUCCCAAUGAUUUUGACUUCAUUUCCUAGUUUUUUUUCCUCUAGUUAUUCAGCUUUCUUGGGUACCCUUUACUCUCAUUCUAGUUUUUUUUUUCGUAAAUUUUCCUGUUAUUAUUCCGUUUGGUGGAGGCAGUUGGUAAUUCGGUUGAACUUGCACUGUGGAGAAGAAAAAAUAAAGUAAAACUUGGGGGGUGUUCAUGGAAAUUGAUCUGAACCAUGCAGUAAACGAGGUGGAGAAGACUGUACUUUGCAAUGGGAGCUGUGAAAAAGCUAGUGCUUGCGUUUACUGUUUGUCGUCGUCGUCGUCGUCAUCAUCAUCUUCUUCUUCUUCUUCUUCAUGUUCUUCAAACUCAGGUUCACCUCCUUGUUCAUCUUCCAUUGACUUGGAGCUUUGGCAUGCUUGUGCUGGUCCUCUCACAUCACUUCCAAAGAAGGGAAAUGUGGUUGUAUACUUCCCUCAAGGUCACUUGGAACAACUUGCCCUUGCUUUUCCUUUCUCUCCCUUGGACACCUUUGAUCUUCCUCCCCAAAUCUUUUGCAAAGUGAUGAAUGUCCAGCUUCUGGCCAAUAAGGAGAAUGAUGAGGUCUAUACGCAAGUCACUUUACUUCCUCAACCGGAGUUGGGAGGGCAUAAUUUGGGGAGCAAGCAGCUGGAUGAGGUAGGGGCGGAUGAGCAUGCCGAUGGGUCGCCUUCGAAGCCAACCUCUCACAUGUUUUGCAAGACACUAACAGCUUCUGACACUAGCAUCCAUGGAGGGUUCUCUGCUCCUCGUAGAGCUGCUGAAGACUGUUUUCCUCGGCUGGAUUAUAAACAGACAAGGCCCUCACAGGAGCUUGUUGCUAAAGACCUCCAUGGAGUUGAGUGGAGGUUUCGCCAUAUAUUUAGGGGUCAACCGAGGCGACAUCUCCUUACUACCGGCUGGAGUGUUUUUGUGAGUCAAAAGAAUCUUAUUGCUGGGGAUGCAGUGCUCUUUCUGAGGGGCGAAGAUGGGGAGCUGAGGUUGGGAAUUAGAAGAGCCGUUCGACCAAGAACUGGUCUUCCAGAUUCAGUUAUUGCGAAACAUAAUUCAUAUCCAAAGGUUCUUUCUGCAGUGUCUAAUGCAUUAUCCACCAAAAGAGUGUUUCAAGUCUGCUACUGUCCAAGGGCCAGUCAUGCCGAGUUCGUCAUACCCUUCCAAAAGUAUAUUAAAAGCAUCACAAAUCCAAUGUGCACUGGGGCAAGAUUCAGAAUGAAAUUUGAAAUGGAUGAUUUGCCGGAGAGAAGGUGUAAUGGUGUAGUGACAGGAAUAGGGGACUCAGAUCCUUAUAAAUGGCCUAACUCAAAGUGGAGAUGCGUAAUGGUUAGGUGGGAUGAUGAUAUCGCAAGUGAUCACCAAGAGAGAGUUUCACCUUGGGAAAUUGAUCCUCCUGUUUUUCCCCCACCCUUAAGUAUUCCAUCUCCAUUCAGGUUAAAGAAACUGCGGACAGGUCUGCAGACUGCUGCACUUGACACCCCUAUCACUGGAGGGGUUGGAUAUUUGGACUUUGAGGAAUCGACAAGAUCCUCUAAGGUCUUGCAAGGUCAAGAAAAUGUAGGUUUCAUAUCACCCGUAUAUGGAUGUGGUACAGUGAACCAUCCCCUCAAUUCCGAGAUGCAAUCUAUGGCACAUCAAAGUCUUGCAUCGACAGGAAUUGGAAAGAGUAACAUUAGUGAUUUUAUGAGGGCUCACUCCUCCUCUUACACAGGCUUUGCGGAAACUAAUCGGUUUCCGAAGGUCUUGCAAGGUCAAGAAAUUUGCUCAUUGAGGUCCCUCACACACAAGGCUGAUCUCAACCUUGGUGUUUGGGCAAAAACCAAUCAUGGUUGCAAUUCUUUCAACAUGAAUCAAGCACCCAACACCAACUGCUAUCCAGAAGGACUUCGAAAUAUGUAUUUUCCUUAUAAUGAGUUUUACAAAGCUGGCCAGGAACCAAAAAUGUUUUCUUACGCAUCUAAACUUCCAAGGGGCAAUGUUUUGUUCAAUGCUUCCUCAAUUAAGCCGGGGGUUAGUGUGGACGACAUCAGGAAACCAAACCCUCCGAAUGACCAUAAGCCAAUGGAGAAUAUCCCUAGUCCCGGUUUUGGAAAAAAAUUGAGGAACCAACAGAAUGAGUGCUACAAAGGAAAUGUGGCUGGAUGUAAACUCUUUGGAUUCUCCUUGACUGCGGAAUCACCUACUCUGAACUCACAAAAUUCUGGUAAGCGGAGUUGUACAAAGGUUCACAAGCAAGGCAGCUUGGUUGGAAGAGCCAUUGAUCUCUCAAGACUUUAUGGAUAUAAAGACUUGAUGACUGAACUAGAACAUCUUUUCGGUAUGGAAGGUCUUUUAAAUGAUCCUGAUAAAGGGUGGCGGGUUUUGUACACUGACAGGGACAAUGAUGUAAUGGUAGUUGGAGACGACCCGUGGCAUGAAUUUUGUGAUGUGGUAUCCAAGAUCCAUAUAUACACAGGAGAAGAAGUGGAGAAGAUGACCGUAGGAAUGGGUAGUGAUGAGACUCAAAGCUGUUUGGAAGAAGCAGCAGUGAUAAUGGAAGCAUCAAAGUCGUCCUCGGUGGGGCAGCCAGAUUCCUCUCCCACUGUAAUGAGGGGUAUGAAGAUCAGUGUUUGCUUCUAGUGUUAUUGAAUCCUUAAACUAUGUAUCAAGUAUUUGGUGUAAUCGAAUUAACAUAUGAUUAUUGAAAGCUAAAAAGUGGGCUCUUUGGCCUUAUGGUGUUUGACAAA